UCAUCAGUCACCACAAUCCACAUUAUUGAAAAAAUCAUUACAAAGCCGAAUCCUAGCAAGGCAAAAAUGGAAGACACAACCAUCCUCUACUCAUCUCUUUCUCUUCUCUUCAUGAUUCUCGCUUUAAAGCUGUUGUUUCAAUCAAGAAAAAGCCGCAAAAAUCUUCCCCCUAGCCCACCUUCAUUACCGAUUCUUGGGCACUUUCACCUCAUAAAACCCCCUUUUCAUCUUGCUUUGCACAAGCUAUCGCAAAAAUAUGGUCCUAUCAUGUCCCUUCGAUUCGGCUCCCGCCCUAUGAUAAUUGUAUCCUCAUUAUCAGCAGCGGAGGAAUGCUUUACGAAGAACGACAUCGUUUUUGCCAACCGCCCAAAGUUACUCAUGGGCAAGCACCUUGGCUAUAACUACACCACUCUCGUGCAAUCCCCCUAUGGUGAUCACUGGCGCAACCUCCGUCGCAUAGCUGCCAUUGAAGUAUUCUCAUCAAAUCGUCUUAACAUGUUUUUAUCCAUUAGAAGGGAAGAAAUCAAAUGGCUGCUGAAAAAUCUGUCUUGCGGGUCUCGCGAAGAGUUUUCAAAGGUGCAGCUUAAAACAAUGUUUUCAGAGUUAACGUUUAAUAUUAUGAUGAGAAUGGUCGCAGGGAAGCGGUACUACGGUGAUGAAGUGGAGGAUGAAGAAGAGGCAAGGAGGUUUAGGAAAAUUGUGAAGGAGGCUACAACAUAUGGUGGGGUGUCGAAUCCAGGAGAUUUCUUGCCUAUCUUGAAUUGGAUUGACGGUGGUGAUCUUCAGAAGACAGUUUUAAGGCUAAGUAAAAACAUUGACGGGUUUUUGCAAGGUUUAAUUGAUGAGCAUAGAUGUAAGAAGAGUAAUUUAGAGAGCAUGAAUACAAUGAUUGAUCAUCUGCUUACAUUGCAAGAAUCACAGCCAGAGUAUUACACUGAUCAAAUCAUCAAAGGGCUUAUACUGGUAAUGUUAUUAGCCGGAACAGAUACAUCAGCAUUUACAUUAGAAUGGGCUGUCUCCAAUUUGGUGAAUCACCCGGAAACAUUGAAAAAGGCAAGAACGGAAUUAGACAAUCAAAUUGGCCAGGAUCGUUUGAUGGAUGAACCUGAUUUAUCUAAACUGCAAUAUGUUCAAAGUAUUGUAUCAGAGACCCUUCGAUUCUACCCGGCAGCCCCACUUCUGGUUCCUCAUUCGUCAUCCAGUGACUGUACCAUAGGGGGAUACGAUGUGGCACGAGAAACAAUUUUAUUGGUCAAUGCAUGGGCCAUUCAUAGAGAUCCCAAGCUGUGGGAUGACCCAAACAAUUUCAAGCCCGAGAGGUUUUACAAUGAAGAAGGUCAGGCCCACAAGCUAAUAAUGCCAUUUGGACUAGGAAGGCGGGCGUGUCCUGGAGCAGGCCUGGCUCAGCGUGUUGUGGGAUUGGCUUUGGGGUCGUUGAUUCAGUGUUUCGAGUGGGAAAGGAUUAAUGAGGAAAUGGUUGAUAUGUCUGAAGAAGGAAGAGGUAUCACCAUGCCCAAAGCCAAAGCAUUGGAGGUUAUGUGUAGAGCUCGUCCCAUCGUAAAUAAUGUUCUCUUUGGCUCUGACUAA